CUUUUCUUUUUCCCCAAUUUUACACUAAAAAUUUCUGCUCAGAAAGAAAGCGAGACAGUACCACCACCCCAAUAAUGCUCACUCACCCUCGGCAGUCCGCACUCAGUCCUUCCUAGCUUUAGGCACGCCUAUAUCACGUGACCAGUACACACGCAGUGCUGCCACGUAAGCAUAAGCGUACGGAAAGUCCGUACGAAAAAAAACGGCCAUGGAUGACCUAGAACUUGGCACGGGAGUGCCUCUUCCUCGUUCGGUGGAGGAGAUGCUGGAGAGGAUUUGCUUAAGUCAGAACCUGGCACCGGCGGACGACCUGGCAAGGCGAAAGUUGGCUGCCGCCGGAGAAGAGUUAGCACUAGAAAAGCUCAGGAGGAUCGCCAAUUGUAAGGUUAAGAACCUCUCUAAAUUUAUAAUGCACAUGUUGUCGCAAUCUCGAUCUCCUUCGCAGUCUCCUCCUCCUCCUCGCAAAAGGAAUCGUAUCCCCGACUCUCAUUCUCCAACCGGGUCGCCCUCUUGUUCUCCCAACACUCGUAGGGUCUGCCUUUUUAAGAAUCCGCGAGGUACAGGUGGUCCCAUUCCUUGCUCGCUCAAUGCAGAGACAGAGACUGAGACUUCCAGACAACCCAGAGAAAUGACUCAAGCAGAAGCAGCGUUAGAAGCUUUGGGAGAAUUGGAGUUUAAUAAGCAGUUCUUAAUCCUAAACUACACUGCCGGAAAUGAGCUUCAUAAGGUUGCAACGGCUGACGAUAUUAGGAAGCUGAAACAUCUUACGAUGGUACGGUUCGAAGCAGAAGUAUGGAGACUCUUUGGUCAAAAAUACGUCAAAAAAGAAGAUCGUCGCAUGUAUGACGAUUGGGAUGAUGAAAGAAGAACGUAUAUCUAUGAUUGCUAUGUUUCUACGGAAGGAAGUUACAGAUUCAAGGGCCCCUUUCUCAGCAACACAAAAACUCACCUACAAAAGGUUCUAGGAGAUGACAAUAUUUUAAGAGUAAAGUUUGCUGAGGAGGCGAAUGAAAAUUCUGGUAUUGAUUCACAUGAUCAUUACUUUGCUGGUUAUAGGAAGAUAGCAAGAGAAGGGAUCAAAGUUGGUUUGCGCCGGUAUUGCUUUUUCGUUUUUAAAGAUGGUGGAAAUCAAGAGAAGAGGAAAAAUCCAAAUUCAUCACCUGUGAAGUGUUUCUUUAUUCGCAUCCAUUCAGAUGCACAAAUUGAUCAAAAGGUUCCUUAUUGUUUAUCUAACAAAACGAUUUCUGAAGCAAGAAAGCUAUUUAUGCAUGCACAUACAGUGUCUAGUGUGGCCAACUAUAUGGCUAGGUUUUCACUAAUUUUGUCAAAGACAUACAGCUUAAAUAUUGAUCUAUCCUCUGUAGAUAUCGAUAUAAUUGAAGACAAAUACUGUGUGGAUGAACAUGGUAAGCGCAUGUCUAGAGAUGAAAAACCACUCAUUCAUACAGAUGGAACUGGUUUCAUAUCAGCGGAUUUGGCUGUGAAGUGUCCAAAAAAUUUACAUGAGGGGAGACUUCUUAAAGAUGAGGAUACUGAGAUACUCCUCAAUCUUAAUUGUGAUGAGCAUGAGGACAAUGUUAUGGAAACAAUUGAGCAAGGAAUUGAGACACAAGAACCACCUAUGCUGAUGCAGUUCCGCUUGUUUAACAAUGGCUAUGCUGUUAAAGGAACCUUUCUUGUGAGCAAGAUGCUUGAACCCAAAACAAUCAAGAUUCGACAUUCCAUGGUAAAAGUUGUGCCAGAUCCAGAACUUAAGAAUAUUCCUACAAAAAACUCGUUGGAAGUAAUUGGAACAAGUAAUCGACCAAAGAAAGCUUAUUUUUCAAGGAAUUUGAUUGCACUCCUAAGCUACGGAGGGGUCCCAAAUAGAUUCUUCAUUGGUUUACUUAGGAAGGCUUUGAAAGAAGCUCAUGGUGCUUUCAGGAACAAGUCUGCCGCAAUGAGAGUUGCUAUGAACCGUGGGGUUAUGGACAAGGAUUCAACUGUUGAAAGAAUGAUUUCUUGUGGUAUUCCUCUUGAAGAGCCCUAUUUGCAACAUCGUCUCUCUAUACUUCUUAAGGAGCAAAAGCUGAGCCUCAGAGGGGGGAAGCUUUGUGCUGAUGACAGUUAUUAUUUAAUGGGAACAGCUGAUCCCACUGGCAAACUUAAAAGUGAUGAAGUUUGCAUUGUGCUUGACAAUGGACAAGUUUCUGGAAAGGUGUUGGUGUAUCGGAAUCCUGGAGUUCACUUUGGUGAUGUUCACGUUUUAAAGGCUACUUAUGUGGAGGAGCUGGAAUCUUUUGUUGGAAAUGCAAAGUAUGCUAUUUUCUUUUCCAGGAAGGGACCAAGGUCAAUUGCUGAUGAGAUUGCAGGUGGAGAUUUUGAUGGAGACAUGUAUUGGAUCUCAAGAAAUCCCGAGCUAUUGCAACAUUUUAAGCCAAGUGAACCUUGGAGUCCAAAUCCCUCGAUACGCAAGGUUGAAGGUAAAACACCUACGGAGUUUUCAGAUGAAGACUUAGAGGAUGAGCUUUUUAAAUUGUUCUUGACGACUAGAUUCAAACCAAGUUAUGCAAUGGGAGAGGCAGCAGACAGCUUGACAGCAUUAAUGGAUCGAGUUUUGACUCUGGGAGAUGACUGUGCCGAAGAAAAAACCAUUGUCAAGGACAAGAUAAGCAAGUUAGUUGACAUAUACUAUGAUGCAUUGGACGCUCCUAAGAAAGGAGCAAAGGUUGAGGUUCCAAAAGAUCUGAAAUCGAAAAGCUUUCCUCAUUAUAUGGAAAAGAGAAAUAGUUACACCUCUACGUCCAUUCUGGGAAAGAUUUACGAUGAGGUGAUAGAAUAUCAAGCAGAGGAUCAUUCAAGCAAAGAGAUAUGGAAGCUGGCCCAUUUCGAAGUUGAUGUCCCUCGAGACUGCUUGAACAGAUGGAGUUCACACUACGAAGAAUACAGGAAAGAAAUGACCAAUGCCAUGAAGAACGAUGAUCGCGAUGUCAAAAACCAGAGUACUAAUCAGAUCAAAAGAAAAUAUAAGAUGAUACUUUAUGAGGCAGAAGAAUUUGAAGACAGUAAAAGGAAUAUAGAUGAGAUACAUAACGAGGCACUGGCAAUAUAUCAUUUGAGUUAUGACUAUGCCAAAAGUAGAGGUGGUGCCAGUUAUUGUUCAUUUGCAUGGAGCGUAGCAGGUCCAGCCCUCUACAACAUUCUCAUCUCCAAACAAGCUGGUGAAAAGGCCAUCCAAUGUCUCCCUUCUGUCUUACGGGAGCUGAUUUAAUCAAAUCAACAAUUGCAUAUUAAGUAGAAGUAGUGCUAAUAGUAUAUAAUCUAUAUAUGCAAUGUUUGUAAUUGAAAGGUAACUUAGUUAUGUGGCAAUUGUAUGAUUUCCCUAUAUAAUUAUGUCAUAUCAAUUGUCACGGCCAUUUAUGUUCAAUGUUUCUAAGUUCUCUUUCAUUUGUCAAACCUUGUGGUAAUUUUACUGUAAGCUUCGUUAUCGAGUAUUGUCCUUCACCGAUUUAUCAAGAAAGUAUAUUUGAGUUGGAUAUAAUAUAACGAUGAUAUUAUUAAUAAUAGAUUUGUGGCAUUUAUAA